CGAGGUACAGAAAUGCAAAGAAGGGACCUCACUUUCCUACGCGCGUCUGUGGCAAAUGAUGGGAGCGAUAUUAUUCUGGUUUUAUUGAUCUCUAGCAUACACGUGGAAGUAAAACGCCGGAUGACUGGACCGCUAUUGGCUAGCUUUUGAACCACUUAUUUUGAUGAUUUAGGACGAAAUAAACUAAUAUCUCAGGGAGUGUAUUGAUUUAUUCCAGAGACUUGUCUAAAGCAAACGACGAAUACAAUUAAAAAGUUGGUUUGGAUAAUGUACUGCCAUGCUCUGUGCCCGACAUACGUGUCUGGCUUUGGGGACCCCUCUCCUCCGCUGAGACCCCUGAAGGGGGUUCCACCCCUUACCCCCCCCUCUCCCCCGCCUGCACACUGAGAGAUACCCCUCCUUUAGCGGAAAUGGGCGAUAAUCAUCAUCAUCACGAGCUCAAGACUUCCUUCCUCUUCAUUCGCCUGCAGUCGCCCUCUAAGUCCCCGGAGCAAGUGGCGUCAUUGAGCAACCCGGCAGAAGCUGUGGUGACAUCCACAGCUGAUGCCACGGCAACCAUUCCGCCUGACCACGUAGAGGACUGCAGCGUCACGGUCCUGAGGGUGGACGUCACCUCAGAUAAGGAAGAAGGAAAAGAGCCCGGGAGAGGGGAAACGGUGGACGCUUCAGCUCAGGCUGGAGAUGCAGUGCCUGUUGUCUCAGAAGACGUCGAUAUCCAGAACCACCAGGACCCGGUGAGGUCCUCGUUGAGCGCUGAUCCAAGAUCUGUGACUGGAGUACAGGUUACUAGUUGGAGUGCCUCAGAAUCAGAUUGCCCGGUUUGGGUACUGCGGGAGGACAGUCCCUGGGGUACGAUGAAUAAGGAGAAUCGACAGAUGCUGGCCGGGACUCCAACCACUGCCACCAACAGGACCUACCCUUCUGAAGCUGGUUCUGCCGCACUACGGGUAAGCUUUCUACACCCGGCAGGAUUGAACUCCCAGGGGCCCAAGUCCUCUGAGAUGGAGACCCAGAAGCACAGUGGGAUGCAGCUGUCCCCGGCCUCGACCCAGCCCAACAUGGACCCCAGCAUCCAUCGCCUCAGGAGCUCUAACAGUUGGGUUAUCAGUGCAAAGCAGAAGGAGAAGGCUGAUGGGAAGCCAAGUGUUCCGCAGAGUGUUCCACAGAGUGUUCCGCAGAGUGUUCCGCAGAGUGUUUCGCAGAAUGUUUCGCAGAAUGUUCCACGGAAUGCUCCACAGAAUUUUCCACAGAAUGUUCCACAGAAUGUUCCACAGAAUGUUUCACAAGUUGUCCUCAGGCGGCCAGAGCAUAAGACCUUUCUGUAUGCAGUCAAGGAGAGGUCCUCGAAGAUACCUGAAUGUACGAGUGGGAACGUAGUGACAAAGAGUCUCCCCAUGUCUACAGCUGUCCCUCAUCCCAGUCCUGUGACCUCACUGGCUUCUUCUUCUUCUAAGCCAUUUGUGGUGAACUCAGCUGUGUCACAAACAAUGGUCUCCACGCCUCCUUCAUCUGCGUCCAGUGGAGGUCUUCGCUCCAUGAUCAAACCUGUUCCAGCACAGAAGGCGGACAAGUUUGUGUGGGUGAACAGCUCCACCUCGCACGCUCAAAGUGUUGCGAAAGCCAAGUACGAGUUUCUCUUUGGAAAAGGAGAGGAUACCACUUCUAAAGAAAGCGACGAGGGGGGGGUCGGCGGCAGCAGUCUGGACGCCUGUUUCCAGGACGAUGACGUGGACGAGACCUCGCUCUUCCUGGAGAUCGACCGCGAGCUGGCCAACCUGCUGAGUGGCCUGAGCGCCAGGAGCCAGAAUGCUGCAGCCACCCUCGCCGACGCACAGCCAGAGGACAGCCAAGACCCGGCGGACGGCGGUGAACAGCGCCGCGCCGCCGUCAUGAUCCCCUCCAGCGGUCUGAACGGGUCGUCGCCGGACACGGCCGGCCGGACCCCCGAGAUGAACGGUCAGGGGCCCGAGGGACCUGGGACGUACGGGGACCUGGGCCUAGACAUGAGCGUUCUGGGUCUGGAUUCACCUGGGGACCCGUUCCUCUCCCCCACCUUCCUCCUGGACUCGUGGACGGAGGCACUGCUGAAAGACAGUUCCACGGCCCAGAAGGCUUUGGGCGUCUCCGGCGCGGCAGCCGCGGUGGCGGUAAACGGAGAUGUCAGGGCCGCCCCCGCGGUCACGCCUGGGUCGGUCUUUGGGGCGAGGGAGGAGGCCGCCAGUGCCUACGGGGACCAGUCUGAGCCCAUGGGGGGGGACACAGGUCUGGGGGCGGCGCCUGGGCUUCUCCCGGACGACCGUUCUUCUGAGUCCAGUAGAAUCCUGGCCGAGAUCCCCGGCAUCUUCACCGCCUUCCUGGACGGAGGCCAGAUGAGGGAGAAGCCCUCUAAGAAGCUCCGCUUUGUGGAGAGCCGGCCGGGGAGCACCACGGGCCACGAGGGGGGGAGCGAGGCCUCGGAGAGGGGAAGGGAGGGAGGGAGGAGGAGCUGUAACAACCUGAAGGUGGACAGCUCCAUGGACAGCCCGAGUCCCCAGGAGAGACCCCCGUGCCGGCUGUCCCUGGAGGACGAGGUGUUCCGGGGCCUCCCUGACGCCGCGCAGGAGCCCCAGUCUGACAGGAGCCCGGUGACCGACAGCGGCAGCAGCCGACCGGCUGAGAUUAAAGAUGGUCCGGAUUCGUCGGAGAGCCAGGAGGCAACGGACGUCUUCAGCUGGCAGUUUGAGAGCAUCCUGGAGUCGGAGCGCCUCCGCAGCACGCUCUACAGUAGCUUGGACUCCCUGGAGGCCCUGUCCUCCUCGGCUGACGACGAGGCCGAGGCCGGCUACACCUUUGACCUGCCCCUCACGCCCAUGAUCCAGCAGCGCCUCAAGGAGACGGCCCACCUCCCACCGUCGUCCCCCGUGGCCGGCCACCAGAGGGAGCGCCAGGAGGUGCUCAGCGUCACGACCACGGGGAAGGGCGGGAAAGACGCCCUGCAGGUGACGUCGUCUUACGUGGAGGAGUUGGCGGCGCCGGGUGGGGACCUCGCUCUCAGCGGCCAAUCGAGAACACGUUCCAGCGACCCAGUGGACCGGCUGCACGCUGGGCUGAGCGAUGUGGGCCCAAAGACGGCGCUGUCGGACUGGGACUCAGAGAUGGGCGGUGCGGAGCGGCUGAAGGACAGCACGGACAUGCUGCACAAUGGUAACCGCGGGGACCAGGAGGCAGCCCAGCGCCUUGCCAGACGCCUCUACCACCUGGAGGGCUUCCGUCGCUCCGACGUGGCCAAACACCUUGGAAAGAACAAUGACUUCAGCAAGAUGGUCGCCGAAGAGUACCUCACUUUUUUUGAUUUUACAGGGAUGCCGUUGGACCAGUCUCUCAGAUCUUUCUUAAAAGCUUUUGCACUAAUGGGCGAAACCCAGGAGAGAGAGCGGGUUUUGAUCCACUUUUCCAAUAGGUACUAUCAAUGUAACCCCGCAGUCAUCUCUUCACAAGAUGGAGCCCAUUGCCUUACAUGCGCGCUGAUGCUAUUGAACUCAGACCUUCAUGGCCAUAAUAUCGGGAAGAAGAUGACGUGCCAGGAAUUCAUCAACAACCUGGAGGGAUUGAAUGGUGGACAGGAUUUCCCGGCGGACCUCUUGAAGGCUUUGCACAACUCGAUCAAAAAUGAGAAGCUUGAAUGGGCCAUAGAUGGAGAUGAGCUGAAGAAGUCUCUGUCCGAGCUGGCGGACAGUAAGGACAACGCCCACAGUAAGAGCAUCACGCGGAUCGGCAGUGGGAGCAAUCCCUUCCUGGACAUCGCCCACGACCCCAAUGCCGCAGUCUAUAAAACGGGCUUCCUGGCCCGCAAGAUCCAUGCUGACAUGGACGGCAAGAAAACACCAAGAGGCAAGAGAGGCUGGAAGACGUUCUACGCUGUUCUCAAAGGAAUGAUCCUCUACUUGCAGAAGGAUGAAUACAAGCCUGAGAAGGCGCUGUCGGAGGAAGACCUAAAGAAUGCGAUCAGUGUUCACCACGCCCUGUCCAUCAAAGCCGUGGACUACGAUAAGAAGCCAAAUGUUCUCAAGCUCAAGACAGCCGACUGGAGGGUCUUCCUUUUCCAGGCCCAGAGCGCAGAGGAAAUGGAUUCUUGGAUCAAAGUGGUCAACUCUGUGGCGGCCAUGUUUUCAGCCCCCUCAUUUCCUGCUGCCAUUGGCUCUCAGAAGAAAUUCAGCCGUCCGUUGCUACCAGCCACCACUACGCGGAUGUCACAGGAGGAACAGUUGAAGUCUCACGAGGCAAAGUUGAAGCAUGUCUCCACGGAGUUGGCCGAGCACAGGUCCUACCCUCCAGACAAGAAGGUGAAAGCCAAGGAGAUUGACGAGUACCGACUUAAAGAGCACUACCUGGAGUUUGAGGAGAACCGCUAUGAGAUGUACGUUAGGCUCCUCAGGGAGGGUGUGAGAGAGGUGCUUGCUAGCAAAGAUGGCGACAUGGGCCUCAAAAAGUCCCAGUCCAGUCCCUCGCUGAACCAGGAAGGCCAGCCGGCCUCUGCCAAAGUCAAACGCAACACCUCGGAGAGGAGACCUGAAACGCCACCCAAGGUGACAUAGGAAGCUGCCCUGGUUGCGAGCCUGUGAAAGAGCCGUCGAUACACAUCAAAAACGUGUGAAUAUAUUUUAUGUAAUUUAUUUAUCUGGCCACUGUUUUGCUGUAACAAAAACAGUUGUGUAAAAUGUAAAUGAAUACUCGUCCUUAGACUGACUGGUGCUUGUGUAGCCUUUUUGUAUGGAAACAUUGCAUUCUGUUUGUGGUCCUUUUUAUUUUUAUGUUGUUGUCGUCAUCCUUGUAUCGAAUCUUUUUGUGACGCGUUUGACUCUCACUUUAUUCAAUCUCACUGUAUUGUUCCUUGCCUCUCAUAGAAUUGAUUUAUUUGCCUUUUAAGUCAAGAAAAAUAUUUUGUUGGUGUCUCCCAAUUAGUGGUAAAUAUCCCAGUUAACUUGUGGGUAUAGGAAUAAUAGUUGGACAGGCUUCUGUCAUGCUGAAGUUAUUAUUUUGACAUGUAAGCAAAUGUGGGACAUACAGAAGUGGGGGGGGGCGGUGGCGGCGAAAGAGGAGGUUGAGAGUAUUUGACACAGACAUGGCUUCCAGUGUGUGUAUAGGCAGGUCAUUUGGACGUCCACUUUUUUUCUGCUGGUCCUCAUAGACGUAGACAAACGACACUGACUUGUUAUUUUCCCCUGGAAUUAUUUAUUUUUCCAUACCGAUUAUGCACCAAGGUGUAAAUAAAUGGAAAGGGACGCACUGUGGAGUUUAGAAAUGGUGAUUAACGACCUCUUCCCUCGAAUUAAAAAGAACUACCACAUGAAACAAGAUGGUAAUAUCUUUAAGUUGUUUGAAAUACCGCAUCUGCAUGUUACAGGACAAGUUGAGAAUGGUCCCGAUUCCUGCUUGUGCACAUGGUCAACUUGAGGUGUAUAGUUCCGCAAUCCCCAGGUUGUGUCAGUGGCACCAGCAGAAUCAGUGUCUUUCAGACUGCAGGACGGCACUGGUGUUGGACUAAAGAUCAGAGUUUAUGCAGCUGGGACAUUUUAUUUUUUUAUCCUUUAAGGCAAAAAUAUAUACUUCUGCUUUUUGAGUAGUGCAAAGGCCAAUGCUCCUUUUGUGUCUUUUUAUAAUCGUAUGUGUUUUGUUUAAAGUUUAAAACUGUAUUGUUGUAAAGAUUUAAUUAGUAUUUAUAGUGCACUUUAUAAAUUAGUUCUUUUUAGGUAUUUUAGAGAGCUUUAUAAAGUUUAGAUUGCUAUGUUUCUUUGACAUCACAGGUUUUUCAGGCAGAACACACAUUUUGUUUUCUUGAAAGGUACUUGAGCUCAACCGUACAGUAGGUUUUUGUCAGCUCAACUUGUAAUGUUGUCUUAGUUUCUUUUUAGUGGUACGGUAGUUUUGCUGUCCUAGAUAGAUUGUUUAUUGUAAAAGUUUCCUUUUUGGAAGCAGGAUGUAGGGCAGGGAUUCUUGAAAAUCAGGACUAUUUGUUCUUACAAUUUUUUUUUUUAACAUUAACAAACUUUGAAAUGUAUUUAAAUACACUAAAACAUUUAAUCUUUCGCAACCGUACAUUUCACAGAAUUUAUAACUAAUUCACCCACCAUGAAAGGCAACUCAUUUGCACAUUUAUUAUUAUUUAAUUGUUUAAAGAACAUUUGAGGAAAUCUGCAAUUGAGUACGAUCUUUCAGAACUGUGCAGAAGUUGAUUAUACAAAAAGUAUAAUAAAAAGUUUUUUUUUUAUCAGUUACUUUGACUCUGGAACUUAAAGCAGUUUUUUUAACAAAAGAAUAUUGUUUUUUACUCUAUCAGAGAGAUGGUGUUUACACGCUAUGGUUGUGACCAUGGUCAUUUUAAAACAUUGUUAAACUAUUAAAAUGAACAGACUCUUAGUGGAAAGGGGAUUUUUUGAAAUUAGAGACACACAGGUAGCAAUUACAGUUAACUGCCUUGCUCAGGGACACAUCUACCGAUUUUUCACCUUGCUCAGGAUUCAACCUAGCAACCUUUAGGUUACCGGUCAAGUGCUUUAACCACUAGGUCAUCUGUCACCCAGUCUUGUUGCACUGCAUGAAGAUUGGGUCCUGAUCGUAUAAUUCAUCUUGCUCAUUACUGAUUAUUUUAGGAAAUAUUUCAGGACUCACAGUUUUCAGGAAAAAAAAAUGUAAGCUCUGUGCUAUUGCAAGAAUAAUAAAAUUAAAAUAAUAAAAUGUUCCUGGUUAUAUUGAUUAUUUUUGGGAAAUGUGCAUUUAAAAUAAAUAUUAAAAAUAUUCAGAACAUUCCAAAUAUAUGUAUAGUCCUCCCCUAAGGUCAAAUAAUUAAACAAAACUACUUAUUCCUUAUUUUCCUCUUUCUAUAAAUAAACAUAUUCCCUGCUGGAUAUGUUUUAUCCUGAUUUUCAAGAAUCUCAGAUCUGUAAGUAAAAGAUUAUUGCCUUUUUCAAAUGCUGGUGAUACUGAAUUGUAAUUUUCACCUUUCCAUUAGUAUAAUUAAAGUAUAACUGACAUUUAAACAACAAGUAUUUUGUUAGACAUUGGGUUGUUUUCUUUCCACAAUGGACUUUUUCAUACCAACUCCAUGUGUUGUCCUUACUAAAAUGUAAAACAUUUUCAUGUUUUUGAUGUCAGAGGUUUUUGCUUUUUUACCUGUAAUUCAAGGAAGUUUUAAUUAUUCAAAGCCAUUUAAAAAUGUAAUUGUUUUUUGAAGAAAUUGGGCUAGUUUAGAGUCUUUACAGUCUAGAACAAAUGUGUUGUUUACUUGAAAGGUUAUAGACACUUUAUUUCAUAAUUUCUUAGAUUUUCCCUUUGGGGACACUGUCUUAGAACUGGAUGGUAUUAGCGAACAAAAAAUAUGCAUUCCCACAAUGCAUUAUUUUGGCCUUACGACACUAGUUUAUUCUAGCUAGCUUGUGAACAUUUUCUCAGUGUAUUGGCACUAUCUGUAAAUUGGCACACCGGAAUAAUUAUUAUGAAAGUUUGGGAUUGUUUUGACAUUGAAGCACUUAAGAAUAUGUGGUAUUUUAAUCUAAGUUUGAAUUUAAUAUCCCAUAACCCCAACAGUAGAUAUUUAAAAACAAAUAUAUAUAUAUAUAUAUACAUACAUACAUACAU